AUGGCGCCCGCAUCCUUCCUUGCUGGGCCGCGUGCUGAGUGGGCCGGGUUUCGGUGGGCUGUCAGGGAGGUGCAGCGUAGAGGCAACGAGGGGCACAUGCAAUCACGUACCAUGAUCGACGCCCCUUGUUCCUCACAUCGCGCCGCCGCCAGACGCACCCAGCCGCACGCCGCAGCCGCCCCUUCGUCAUCGUCGCCUUCGCUCACUGCGGCGCCGUCGUCUUCCGCAGCACUCGUUUCGUCAUCGUCACCGUUGCUCCGUUCCUCAUCGUGCCUCGCAGCCGCCGACUCGUCGUCGCCGACCUCGUGCACUUCGUCGCAGUGCGCCGCCUGGACAUCGUCGCCCGCGUGCUCUGUGCAGCGGCGGUCGUUCGCCGAGGUGGUCGCCGGUUCCCCCUCGGCUGUGGAGGGGCUGCGAGGCCUCCGGCGCCUCCCGGGGCGCCAGCGGUAG